AUGCCGCGUGAGCUAAUCACCCUUCAAGUAGGUCAAUGUGGCAACCAGAUCGGCCGUCAAUUCUGGCAACUAGCGUUAGAAGAACACGCGCAAAACUGCAAAGGGAGUGUGUUUGAUGAGAGUAUGAGCAGUUUUUUCCGCAACGUGGAUAGCCGCUUCUCGCCACCCGUGGAUAUGCCUUUCAACGACGGCCAAUCUCUCAUCAAGUCACUAAAAGCCCGUGCGAUUCUCGUGGACAUGGAACAAGGACCCGUAGCAGAGACUAUGAUCGGACCUUUGGGUGAGCUCUUUGACCAACAGCAGCUUGUCACGGAUGUGUCCGGAUCAGGCAACAACUGGGCACACGGGCAUUGUCUUUAUGGUCCAAAGUACAAAGAACAGCUAGAGGACAAGCUGCGUUGCGCUGUGGAGCUCUGCGAUUCGCUUCAGUCAUUUUUUGUUAUGCACUCCAUGGGUGGAGGUACUGGCUCGGGCUUAGGCACAUACAUUUUGGGACUGCUUGAGGACCUUUACCCGAACGUUUACCGGUUCGCAACCGUCGUUUUCCCGUCCGAAGAUGACGAUGUUGUCACAUCUCCAUACAAUAGUAUGCUUGCAUUAAACGAGUUAACACAGCACGCAGACUGUGUAUUGCCUAUCGAAAACGAGGCUCUUAUAGACCUGUGUGCAAAGAUUGGCCGAGGAAUGUCAUCCGUCGCGAGGAUGAACACUUUGUCGACAGGCGACAAUCUCUCCACGCGUGUGAUAAAUGGCUCCCGUUUAAAUGAUAGCAUUGACAUGAGUAAACUUGAGCACUUCUAUAAAAAGGGGAAGGGAUCAUCAACGUUGUCAACAAGGCAAGUUAGGAAGAAGAAAGUGAUGAUACGUCCAGACACGCAGAAGAAAAGUGCGUUCGAAGAAAUGAACAACGUUGUGGCGCGGCUGCUGACAAAUCUAACAAGCUCGAUGCGGUUUCCAGGCUCGUUAAACGUGGAUCUAAACGAUAUUACAACUAAUUUGGUGCCAUUCCCCAAACUUCACUUCCUUCUGGCAAGUAUGAGCCCCGCAUUCGAUACUUCAGAUCCAAGACAACAGCCUCGUCGACUCUUCCAAAUGUUUUCUGAUGCAUUUCAAAAAGACCACCAACUUAUUCGGGCAAACCCGCGAGCGAGCGUAUAUUUGGCGUGCGGUCUUUUCAUGAGAGGGGGCGUAGAAAUAUCAGAUAUCAAUGCCAACAUUCAGCGCCUACAGUCUGAGUUGCGUAUGAUCCAUUGGAAUCAGGAAGGUUUCAAGGUAGGAAUAUGCAGAGUGCCGCCUGUGGGGCAAAAGUCAUCGUUAUUAUGCCUGUCGAACAACUGUUGCAUCCGAGAGACAUUCCAGCGGCUAAACACGCGUUUUCAAAAGCUUUAUAGUCGUCGGGCGCAUGUGCACCACUACACUGAAUACAUGGACAUCGCCAAGUUAGACGAGGCACAAGAAAACGUUAUGUAUCUUAUUGGGGAGUAUUCAAAGCUGGAACAUGCUUCAGAGGCCACUCCGCCUACCAUUAUGCGGAACUCAAGACGGUUAAAACCGCUAUUUUGA